AUAUUUGUAGCAAUAUGUUGUGAGUAUAAAAUUAUUCAAAAUCAGAAUUGUCAGAAAAAAUUAAUAGAUUUCCAAUCAUAUAGAUACUUUCUCCAACACGUUUUAACCGGAAGUACUUUACCUACAAGAAAAGUGGGUACUUGAAGACAAUCCAUUCGAAGGCCUGUGAUGUGGGCAGUGAACAUAGACUGGGCGAAAAUGGCUUGAUGCUUGGUAUUUCUCAUCAUGUGGUCUUCAGUUGAUCGUAAAGACUACACUGCCAUAUCGCUUGGUAACCCAUAUGGGCAUUAUGACAACAGCAAGCAAGUCAGGAGUGCUUCUUUAUGGAGGCAAUGGAAUCGUCUCUCAAGACUGCAGAGAAGUGUGGUAUGGCUGAUAGUUAUACUUGGAGCUUUGUCCUGCCUCUACUUGGUGCCAUCUAUGCUACAGGAUAGAGAUGAAUUAGACAAACUUUCCAAGAAGCCCUGGCAUAAAGAUGAUGUUAAGGCAGGUGAUUUGAAUCGGCAGAAGGAGAUUAAAGGACCUAACCUUGAGGAAUUGAAGAGAAGAGCUAAAAAGCAACUUGAGGAUGAAAAAAAAACAACUUUGAAGAUUAAAAAAAAGGGUCCUCCGGGAAAAAGACUGCAUGAUGGCAGCUUACAGGCACCAGGGGGUCCUAGAGAUGGAGAUAAAGGACAAGAUAACCAACAGCAUGCCCCACCUGGAGAACAAAAUGUAGUGCUCACACCUGUGAAGGACAAAAAGGAAGCUGAUACUAAUGAUGUUAAAGGCAAAGUUGAAGCCAAAUAUGUCUCUCCUGCCCCAGUGCAAACUGAUGGAGAUCCCUUCUCUGGUCCUAAAAACAAUCAGCAGAAAGCAGUGGUUGAUGCAUUCAGACAUGCCUGGAAAGCUUACAAGAAGUAUGCCUGGGGUCACGACCAGCUGAGGCCCAUUUCUAAAGAUUUUGAAGAGUGGUUUGGUGUGGGACUUACUCUGAUUGAUUCUUUGGACACAAUGUAUAUUAUGGGAUUAAAAGAAGAAUUCAAGGAGGCCAGAGACUGGGUUGCCAAUGAAAUGUCCCUUGAUGUGAACCGGGAUGUCAACCUAUUUGAGUGCACUAUUCGAGUUCUGGGUGGAUUUCUCAGUGCUUAUCACUUGACAAAGGACCAGAUGUUUUUAGAUAAAGCUAGAGAUUUAGGGGACAGACUCCUGCCAGCCUUUGGCAGCGGGUCCAAGGUGCCCUUCUCUGACGUCAACCUGAAGACCCACAAGGCGCACCCCCCCAGGUGGGGCCCCGACAGCAGCACCUCGGAGGUGACCACCAUACAGCUGGAGUUCCGUGAUCUCAGCAAGAUAACUGGAGAUCCUAAGUAUGCUCUGGCUGCUGAUGAAGUCACAAAACACGUCCAUGGUCUGCCCAAGAAAGAUGGUCUGGUGCCGAUUUUCAUAAAUGCUAGGACUGGGAAUCUCAGGUCUUCAGGCACCAUUACACUGGGUGCCAGAGGGGACAGUUACUAUGAAUAUCUGCUGAAAAUGUGGGUGCAGAGUGGGAAAACCUAUGAUAUGGUGAAAGAUGAUUAUGUGGAAUCCGUGGAGGGUAUAAAGAAGCAUCUAGUCAGACUUACUGAACCUAACAAGUUGACAUAUGUAGGGGAGCUGCUAUCUGGGUCAAUGUUCAGUCCUAAAAUGGACCAUCUAGUCUGCUUUUUACCAGGAACAUUAGCUCUAGGUCAUAUCAAUGGUCUUGAUCCUCAACACAUGGAGUUGGCCAAGAAAUUACUAUAUACUUGUUACCAGAUGUAUGAGAAAAUGCCCACAGGGUUGAGUCCUGAGAUUGCCUACUUCAACCAGGCUCCUGGAGCACCUGAUGAUAUUAUUGUCAAGCCAGCUGAUCGCCACAAUCUCCUGAGGCCAGAGACAGUGGAGAGUUUGUUUUACAUGUAUAGAUUUACUGGAGACAAAAAAUAUAGAGAGUGGGGAUGGAAAAUUUUCCUAGCUUUUGAGAAAUACACAAAACUAGAAGAAGGCUACACAUCUAUUAGUAACGUCAUGGACGUGCGUAACCCAAGACCAAGAAACAAGAUGGAAAGUUUCUUUCUUGGGGAGACUUUGAAAUACUUUUAUUUAUUAUUUAGUGAUGACCCAAAACUAAUACCGUUAGAUAAGUAUGUGUUUAAUACAGAAGCUCAUCCAUUGCCUAUUUAUUCUUCUUUGUGAAAAAAAUUAAAUUGUCGUUAGUCUUUCAUUUUAAGCAGUAUUCAUCAUGUUUUCAAAUGCUUUUAAGAACUGUUGAUAGAAAGAAAUUGUUAACAACAUUUCUUUCAAACCAAAUUUACAUUCUCCUGUGACACUUUCUAUGCAUUUUUUUUUUUGCUAUGUACUGGAAAGUGUCUGGAUUUUUUGAAAAAUUGAUUAUGUGCCAGCUUUGCUGUCUAGUAUCUGUAUUAUAAUAUCUCUUCCAAAGAGGUUUGCCGUUGACACCCCAUGAACCUCUCUAAAAAUACAUUUUUUCUGCACUAUGUUGUACAGUAAUACUGUAUUGCAAUUUAGAUAGACAUCAGUUAAAUAAGAGUUCAAAUUCAGCUGAAGUUAUUCUCCAGGCAAUAUUUUUGUAUGAUAGUAUUGACAAUGGUGUAUCAGUGAUGAUAAAAUAAUGGCAAUCGAAAUAUUAUACCAAAAAAUUCAGAUAAGGAAAUUUUUGAAAAAACAAAGCAUGUCAAGAGAUUCAAGUUAGUGAUCUGAUCUGAUACUGUGAUUACUGGUUGUUAGGUAAACUAAAAUGCUAGAGUGAGGGAAUUAAUUAUUUGGCUGUAUAACCACAAAUGGUAAGAUUCCCCCCAUGUUUGAUGUAUUUACAUAGAAAUUUGUAUCAGUUAUGACAAAAAGGAUUGUUGAACCAACAACAGAGUAAUAAAAGGUAAAUAUCAAUACAAGUCACUAGUCCAGUGAUAGUUAUAAGGUAAAUAAAUGGACACGGGACGUGCACUUAAAUGUUGGAUUUAUUAUCUUCCGUCAAGGAGUUAAGUACUCUAAAUAUAGAUGAAUGUUAUAAUGCCUGUGUUUCAUGCAUUUUCUGACAAAAUUUGCAUCAAUUAUGACAAAAGGGCACUUGAAUCUGAUACAGAUCUAGUCCUAGAAGUAUAAGACAAUUAACUAGUUGACUGUGGUUUAAUGGUGAUCAGGAAUAGCCAGAGGCUUAGGAACUAAGGUGUUCGCGUUCAUACAGACUCCUUCAGUGAAGGAAUUACGUAGAUCUAGGUAUAAUUGUAGAUAGAAACAAUUAGAUAGGUAGGUAAAUGAGCCCGGUUGCCUUAGUGAACAAAAUGUUUUUUAUAUUUCCGUUUUUGUUGUUAAUAUUUCCUACAUGAGAAGACUACUAUUGUACCAGCUGUUAGAUUCAGAUUUCAUUAGAAAAAAAGUAAUAGAUAUGGUAGGCUUUUGAGAUAGAAAAAAAAA